AUAUCCUCUUUAGGCUAUAGCAAUAUGAAUCCAGAAAUGUAUUUUGCAACCACAAUGCUCAUUCUCUUUUUAACAUACAUUUCUAUAAGCUUAAUUUCACUCAUUGGUAGAACCAAAAAACAAAAGUACAAUCUUCCACCAGGUCCUUCACUUCUUACAAUUAUGAGAAAUGUUUUUGAAUUAGGAAAAAAACCACAAUACUCAUUAGCCAAAUUCUCCAAAAUAUAUGGCCCAAUAAUGCAUUUAAAGCUAGGUCAAAUAACAACUAUAGUAAUUUCAUCACCAGAUAUAGCACAAGAAGUGUUUCAAACCCAUGAUCUCUCGAUCUCGGACCGAACAAUUCCUCAAGCUGUAGCAGUUCUUGGUCAUGAACAUUUUAGCUUACCAUUUAUGCCAAUGUCAAAUCUUUGGAGAGACCUAAGAAAAAUAUGCAAAAACAAUUUGUUUUCUAACAAAACUCUUGAUGCUAGCAAUGAACUUAGGUGUAAGAAGCUGCAAGAGCUUUUAUGUGAUAUUGAUAGAAGUAGCUUGGUUGGUGAAGCAGUGGAUGUUGAGAAAGCUGCUUUUAAGACUUUGUUGAAUGUUUUGUCAAACACUUUUUUCUCCAUGGAUUUUGUUAACUCUGCAGGUGAAACUGAUGAGUAUAAAGAUAUAGUUGAAAGUCUUAUGACAGCAAUAGGAACACCAAACUUGGUUGAUUUUUUCCCUAUUUUGAGGAUGUUUGACCCACAAGGUAUCAGGGGAAUAUCAGCUACUUAUGCUGAAAAAUUGUUGCAAAUCUUUGAUUCCUAUAUUACCAAGAGAUUGGAGUUAAGAAAUGAAGAAAAUUAUGUCACAAAUGGUGACAUGUUAGACAAUUUGCUCAACAUCUCUCAAGAGAAUGGCCAAAUGAUGGACACAACAAAGAUUCAACAUUUGUUUCUUGAUUUAUUUGUUGCGGGGACAGAUACAACUUCCUACGCUAUAGAGAGAGGAAUGGCAGAACUGGUCCACAACCCACAUGCAAUGUUAAAAGCCAAAGAAGAGCUUAAACAAAUAAUUGGUAUAGGAAAUCCAAUUGAGGAAUCAGACAUUACUAGACUCCCAUAUUUGCAAGCAGUAGUAAAAGAAACGUUACGCAUGCACCCAUCAGCUCCACUUUUACUACCAAAAAAAGCUAGGGUUGAUGUUAAAAUUCAUGGAUACACUAUCCCUCAAGGUGCACAGGUCGUAAUAAAUGAAUGGGCCAUAGGAAGAAACCCUAAUAUUUGGGAUAAUCCAAAUUCAUUUUUGCCUGAGAGGUUUUUGGGGUCAGAAAUUAAUUUCAAUGGUCAAAAUUUUCAAUUGACACCAUUUGGUGGUGGGAGAAGAAUAUGCCCUGGCAUGCCACUUGCUACUAAAAUGAUACAUAUGAUGUUAGGAUCAUUGAUUAAUUUCUUUGAUUGGAAACUGGAAAAUGGAGAUAGAGACAUUAAUCAACCCUUGCGAGCUAUUCCAGUUAGAGUAAAUAAGGUGUAACAUAUAAUAUAGUAGUACAAUUUUUUUUUUUUGACGGCUAUAGUAGUACAUUUUUUAUUGUAUAUUCAAGGCAUAUAUAUUCAUUGUAAGAAAAAGAAGGCACAUAAAUAUAAAUGCUCUAAAACUCAACUCA